AUGCCAUCGUGUGUCUUUACCCGCACUCAGGUACUGAACAGCCUCCCUGAUGAGGUUGCCCGUCGGGAGGCGGAGGCGAUUCCAGAGUUCAUCUACCUUUUUCUGCGUGAUGUUUUCCUCGCCGUUGAUGAGGAUGGUGACGGCUACGUGACGGGUGAGGCUGUAUCACGCUUGUUCCCGGCCUUCACGCCCGUGGGGGCAACAAAGGAUGCUGCUUCGUGCCCCGCUGCCUCCGGCUUCAUGGCACCGACAGUGCGUCCGACGUGGUGGAGUCCAACGUCGUAUAUUGCCCCCACAAGGUGCGCUGCCACUGCCCAGCAGCGCCCUUUGGACUUCUGCAGUUUCAUGCAGACGUACUGGCCGAUGGUGAGCGAUAAGAUGGCGCAUCUUGUGAGUAACACAUGGAGCCAGCAGCGCAGUGACAGCCUCAGCGACGCUGUUGGCAACUCUCGUGAACAGUGCGCGUCGGCGAGUCGUCGGCCCAUCUGCUCCCCUUCCCCCUUUCGCGACGUGUCGGCGCCGCCGGUACGGGGACAACCGACGAGCCCUCUUGCUGCUGUCGUUACUGGCGGCCACUUAGCCUCAUCGCCUGUGCGUGGUGCGGGGACGCUGUCGGAGAGAGAGUCUGUCGCCCCAGAGCAGCACCGUCUCUACUGUGAAGCUAUUCAGUGUAUGUGGACGAGCGGCUACCCGCUGUUGCCGCAUGCCUUCACGCCUUCCCCUGCGCUCUCUGUAUCAUCGCCAAUACCGCCACCGUGUCCGAAGCGGCUUUUAACGGAGAACGACAUGGAAGAGCUCCUCGUGGCCUUUUCCUAUCUGGACAGACACCGGAGCGGGUACGUAGGUGUGGCGGACGUGGCUGACGCACUGCAGUCGCUCCUUCGCACAGCCGCAUGCUCUGGCCAGGGCUUUGUUUCCCCCAACCCAUCGGAGGUGAGCGACGAGGUUCGACAGCUUGCACAUGCGAUGUUACGUGUGGCCUUGUCCUCGACCGCCACUCCACUCGGCGCUGCUGUCGCACAGGGAAUGCCGAUCCCUUCAGCUUCCUCCUCUGAGGCCGCUCCUGCUCUUCCCUCGCCAUCUAGCAGCGGUCCCUGUAUGAGCUGGACGGUGUUUGCACGUUCGUUCCAGUGCGACACCGGCGCCUUUCCAGCAGAACUCAUCGCGUGGUGCGCAGGGUGCGCUCGCACGAGCCGGGAGCCGUCCCCCCGCGCGCUGGCCACUACGCCGCAGUGGAUGUCUCCAGUAGAGUGUGCGUAUGUUCAGCAGCUGCUCGUCUCGUAUGUGGACGUGCUGUGCGCUGAGAAGGGUCGUGUUUCUUCUGGCCCGUCUCUGACUGCGACCGAGAAGGCGGACCCGGCGCCAGUGUCUGCGCUCUCCCAGCGCUUCUCUGUGAACACCCGCUCCACAAGGAAGUCGUCGCAAAGGUGCCAGUCGGCGGGCACCUGCGACGAUCAUCGCCACAGCCAAUAUGUGUGCCAUACGCAUGCAACUGCGGUCGCACUACAGCAGUGGUGCCGCCGCACGGACGCACAAGCGCACCAAUCAGCAGCGAGCGACACGACUACUCUGCCACUGGCUCUGUUGGAAGCGGGUCUUCGGCAGGAUCUGCGGGCGUUCCUGUUUCCUGAGACAUUCAAAUCUUCUGCCGCGGCAGGGGCAGCGCUGGAGGAGGUGGUCGAACACCAUGUGCGGGCCGUGUGCGCGCUUGCACGACGCACAGCCCUUCUCCCCGCACACUGUCAUUCUCCAAAGGAGAGGAUGGCAGGCAAGGUGUCGCCGCUUCGCGAUUGCGGAGGACAUCCUGGGGAGUCGGUGUCCGUGGACGUGAACACGUUAGUCGAUGUUAUCACUGCCGACCCGCGGUGCCUACAGCUGGAGGUACUAGUGCCUUUGGAGUCACGGCUGUCCGCCGUUGUAGACGCUGCUCAGCACCACCCGCGGCGCCUUGUCGAGGAGGCCGUGAGACUCCUUUCGCUUUUUGUGCAUGGCGCACGACGGAACGAGAGCGCGCUGGAGCUUGCAGGCGUGCUGGAACUGCGGUGUGCGCUGUUUGAGGUGUCCCCCUCCCUGGCGCGGCUCAUCACCGGGUCCACGUGCCUCCGCGAGGGCCGACUGUGCUUGGAGGAGUGCAUGGUCAUGCUCUCUACCCACGUCCUGUCGGUGCCGCCACCCUUGCCCGUCUCCUUUUUCCCAUUUUUCGAGGAAACUGUUUUUGCGAACUCCCCAUUGACCACACCUGGCGGCUUGGUGACUGCACUGUGUGAUCAUCCGGGCUACGCAAUGCUGCAGGAUGCGCGCUUGCUGAAGGCGUCGCAUGGUUGGCUGCGCUACGCGUGCCGACGGCUGUCGCCCUUGGAGCAGCGCACCGUCAUUGAGGCGCUACAGCUCAGUUGCGGUAGCAGCAGCAGAGGAGGGAGUUUAUUCAAAGCCGCCGCGUGCGACUUCGGCGCAAUCCUCGAUGCAGAGCACAACAACAGAAAGCAGCAACACUCUUUUUCUGCGUAUGACAUGUACAGUGCAAUGCUGCCACAGGUCAGGGCAAGCUGUUGGGUAUGCAGAGUGGACCCUGUCGUGGCGGCGCACGUUACGCUCGUCCUGGUCGCUGCCAGUGCAAGCGCCGAUACGACCACGUUGACAGAGGAGUCUGUAUGGUGGGCUGAUGUUAGCACUUUGCUGGGGCAGUGGGUCAGCGCUCACCACCGCCAUAGUUGUCUUCUAGGGAGCGCUGAUGCAUGGGCCAUGAAUGCUAUCACCUGUACUGCUGCAGAGUUGGGGCUAUCAUGCUGCCGAGCUGUGAGCAAAGUACUAAGUCAUCUACACAUCACAUCACCCAUCAUGUCGCGUGUGAUGGUUGUUGAAGAGGAGGAGCUGACGCAGUCUCUGACUCGUGUGGUUGGGUCUCUCUCUCUGUGGGCGCCUCCGCCCUCGGCGAAUGCAGAAUUGAAGUUGUCUUCCGCCGCGGCGUGUGCGCGGCUUGUCGACACGCUCGUUGGCGCGUGUCCUCGUCACGAGGCAACGCUCGUGGAUGUCUCCUCGCUGCUCCGACGGUGGUUGGAGGCGUACCCUUUUCCACUACCAGUCACGCAUCUGUCACUGUGCUGCGCUGUCCAGGAGGUUGGGUCCGCGUACUACACUCUAAAGCGGCUCGCCGCCUCAGAGGAGGAUCAGCGUCGACGAAGCGAGACGCCAGCAGGCCGGGCUGCAGCGCCGCCCUGCGCCGUUAGCAGGGGGCUCGUAACCACAACGGCAGCGAGCAGAGGAGCGUCACCUGCCCCUGUCGUGACCGGCAUCAGCCCGGUGUGCUUGUCGGCGCUUCUGGAGAACGAAGACCUUCUCCUCGCACUUUAUGCGGUGAGCCCGCCAGAGGCAGUCGGUGUAUGGGGUGGUGCACUGUGCCACCUCGGUGCUCUGCUUCGCCCGCUGCUGCUGAGCUCGACAGGCAUACGAGUCUCACUGGAUAAGCUCAGUGCGCGGCCGUUGAGGUGUGGAGGCGCUGCGGCCGCAGCUGCGCCCAGCUCAGCCGAUUUGCCCCCAUUUGCGAUGGACGCCUCGCAUCGAAGCGGCGGCCAGAACGCCUUGGGGGACGCUAUUCGAUCUAUGGCUGUGCCUGCGUCUGUGCAGCACGCCGUAGCUCAGCUCUUCGCCUGCGUGGACGCCGAGGGCACAGGCGCGGUGACCGAGGAUCAGUUGCGUAGUCACCGAUCGCAGGUACCAGCCACUGCCCGAUACGGGUGGCAUCGCUUUGUGACUGCUCUGUGCAGCAGCUAUGCUAUGACCUCAUCGUCAUCCUCGUCUUCCGCAACUACACCGUGCGCCUUGAUCGCUGGCGGUCUCUCAGCCGGAGUGCUUCAGUCGCAUCGGUGGCAACGGCGCCACCGUGCUGCAGCAUCGUCUCUGUGCUGCGCCAGCAAGGCGCAGUCGCAGUCAAAGAAGGUUUCAUGUUCGUCUGUCACCACGCAGCACACAGACGACGACGCGGCCGCCACCUAUAGCCUGGAAGACGUGCUGAUUCGCAUGGCGGAGCUGCGUGUCUGCGUUCAGGCGCAGCUCUUGGAGGAGAGUAGCGCGCGGGCAGAAGCAGAGGUGAGCAUCGUCGUGGCCAGGAAAGCGGGGCUCGCACCGGCUACAGCUACCACGGAUGCUGACUCGCCUUUGUCGACGGCUGCUGACCAGAAUGCGACAGUCCCUUCACCACCCACAGCGGGGACGGCGCAAUGGUGGGCAACGUACCUGGAGAAACUCUGCCAAAGCUACUCCCCUCUGGCCCUAUAA